CACGCGCAAGCGUUUGUGUCGCUUCCAUGUUUCUCGGCAUUUUGCACGAAUGCUCCAUGCAGCUCUGGGCUCGGAGCGAGAGUUUCGACCGCACUCCCGCCUCGCCAUUGGUGGAGCCGGGUCAGCUGACUUGGUCAUAUUGUCUGCGAGCGAGACAAGCCUCGACUAUCACACUGGGCUUUGUGCGUCUUCAGCGGAGAUUGCAAACUAAUAAUUUUGAAUCGCCAAAGGCAGACAAGUAGAGGUGCUAUCACGGGGUACACCAGGGAAAGAGGGAGAGAGUGAGAGAGAGAGCGAGGGAGAGAGAGAGAGAGAAAGGGGGGGAGAGAGGGGAAAAAAGAGAGAAGAGGAGCUCGCGGAAAGGUGUGGUUGGCUGACACACACGAGAGGGAGAUUUACUGGGAAGGAAGAUUGAAAAGCGAGCGAUAAAGAAGUGGGCAGAGUUGCAGAAGAGGCCAGGUAUGAAUUCGUAUUUCGCCAACCCGUCGCUCUCCUGCCAUCUGUCCGGCGGCCAAGAGGUUCUGCCCAACGUGCCCAUCAACUCCAGCACCUAUGACACAGUCAGACACUUCUCAUCGUACGGCGCCGCAGCCGUGAGCCAGAACCAUCGGAUAUACGCCGCCGGCCCUUUCUAUUCGCCCCAGGACAACGUGGUGUUCGGCUCGGGCCGGCCCCAGUACGACUACGGCUCCGGAGUCUUCCUGCAGGACAAAGACGUGCUGCCCAGCUGUAGGCAGGCAAACGUGGGACUGAGUGGCGCGCAGAGCCACAUCGGCCAAGAUUACGCGUUGGAGCAGAGCAGGGCGGCCCAGGAUCAGAAGAGCAACAUCCCGAUCUACCCGUGGAUGCAGCGCAUGAACUCACACAGCGCAGGAGUGGGCUACGGGACAGAUAGACGCAGGGGACGACAGAUCUACUCCCGCUACCAGACUCUGGAGCUGGAGAAGGAGUUCCACUUCAACCGCUACCUGACUCGCCGCAGACGCAUCGAGAUCGCGAACGCGCUCUGCCUGACCGAGCGCCAGAUCAAGAUCUGGUUCCAGAACCGACGCAUGAAGUGGAAGAAGGAGAGCAACCUGACCUCCACAGUGGCCGGAGCCGAGUCCACGGCCGCCACGCAAGACGACGAACGCGGCGGAGGCGGCGGCGGAGGAGGCGGCGCGCCGAAAGAAGACGAGGAGAACGAGGAUAAGAAACAGAAGGAAUAGUUCCAGCCACGUGGAAAAUAGAACAACAACAUUACUACCUAAAAAUGGAGCUGAAACGGACCACACUGCAUGAAGGCUCCCUCUCCUCGUCCUCAUCGCGCGGGGGUGAUGAGCCUUAAAAAAUAACAAGAAGAAGAAGAAGAA